GCAGCUGACUGUUGACAAUUGUUGACUGAACCGUCGUCAGUGUUAUCCGUAUUCGUACGUUAUAAUCUUUUUAUUCUAGUGCGCGAUGUGUAUGUCCCGUACCGUUUGUGAAGCGCUGAAUCGACAUACGUUAUCUGCGUCUCCGAGGGAUGGCAUGUGUGUUAGUGGGAUCCAUAUUGAAGUCUUAGACUGAACACAGGAAAAUAGAAAACUCCAAACACAGUGAACUAGAAAACAUAGAAAACAAACUUAUUUAUUAAAGCUCUGUCCUCGACAAUCCCAAAAGCAAAAUCAGCUUUUCUUCCCAUUUGUGCAAGUGACCGUUUGAAAAUACGGAAAUCAGAGAGUGGAGGGGAAAAAGAAAACGGAGGGAAGAGGAGUGUCCAGAGUAGAGAGAGCCGGAUUGGCGUAUGUGUUGAUCCACCGCUCAAGUGAAGGUGUCCCAGAGCGAGGUCAGGAUACACUGACUUCGUUCACCUCCCGGACACACCACCACCACAGUAUCUACCACCACAAUGAUGCGCAAAGAAUCAAGGAUACGGUUCCUGGAUGUGGUCCUGGAUGAAGAACGACAAGAGAAGGAACAGUUGAGCAUCAGGCGCAGCAUCCACCGAAGGGCCGUCUGGGCCAGGAAUAACGCUCCAGCGCUGGUCUUCACAGCCCUCUUCGUUGGGGUCAACGCCGUCGUCUUCCUGACGAGGGCCUACCAAUACAGCGACACUAACCUGCUAGAGAUGGGAGCCAGGGCGUGUGGUCAGUGCUUGAAUCUGGACUGUGCACUACUGCUGUUACUGAUCCUGCGGCGGACAAUGACUCGCCUCAGGAACUCCUCCCUGGGGCACGUUCUUCCCUGCGACCAGCAUGUUCACUUCCACAAGAUGGCCGGGUGGACGGUCUUCCUCCUCUCCAUUCUCCACACCCUCUUCCACAUCGCUAACUUUGUGACCCUCGGAGAUGUGACGGGGAUCACCAUGAAUGCCUACAUGUGGGACACCUCCCUAGGCAUUGGCUGGGUGGGAGGCCUGGCUAACCCGACGGGAGUGGUGCUCAUGGUCAUACUCACCAUUAUCGUUGGCUUCAGCCACCGCUUCGUCAGGAAGUCCGGCUAUUUUGAGAUAUUCUACUGGACCCACCUCCUCUCCCUUCCAUUCUGGGUGUUCCUCAUCCUACAUGGCCCCAACUUCUGGAAGUGGCUUCUUCUGCCUGGCAUAGCCUUCCUCCUGGAGACAUGUUUAAGAGUGUCACAGGUCUGUUCACCCAAGGGCCAGACUCUCAUUCUCUCAGGAACUAAACUUCCCUCUCAGGUAAUAAAGGUAUUGAUUAGACGACCCAAGAACUUCGACUUCCAGCCUGGGGAGUAUGUGUUUCUCAACAUCCCUUCCAUUGCUCGCUACGAGUGGCAUCCUUUUACAAUAUCUUCAGCUCCUGAGCGUGAAGAUGUCUUCACUGUUCACAUUCGCUCUGUGGGAGAAUGGACUAAAAGAGUCUAUGAAAUGUUCAAGGAUGAGAAGGAAACAGAAAUAAAAGAAGCAUCACAGAAUUAUAAGAAUGAAGACACUGGUAUACUGAACCCUGCCUUCACAGCUGAUGAGAGGGUGAGCGAGAUAGCAGAACACGGUGUCAUUGAGCUGGAAGGAGAGGGGGGUGGCGGCGAUGGUAAAGGCCGUCGCUAUGUUAAUAACCUCUUAGAAUUUAAUCGUAAGAUGAGUGUGUACACUCGACCAGCAGCACUGUUGUCUGUAGAAGCUGAACAGAAGCCAUCUGUCACCUCAGUCAUGCUCAAAUCCCCAGCAGCAGAGAAGCCACUGGAACGCAAGAAGUCUUCCAGUUUGUCAAACUUGGCAGCACUGAAAGCCGAAUUAAUAGGACACCAAAUGGUACUGACCGACUCUGGCCACUCGUCGCUAUAUGGAAGCAAUUCUAGUCUGGACUCCUUGGGUGAGCAGCAGUGUUCCAGCACACUCCGGCACCAACAACAGUGCAAUCAAUACCAAAGAAAGAACGAAGAAAAUAGUUUGACAGAGAACUUGACAACGCACAAAAUUCAGAUUCAGUUAGAAGAUAAGAAUAUUGAGGUGCAUGUAGAUGGUCCCUAUGGCACACCAUCCACAAGGAUCUUCUCUGUGACCCAUGCUGUCUUGGUGGGCGCCGGAAUUGGAGUCACUCCUUUCGCUUCCAUCCUUCAAAGCGUCAUGAUGAGGUACCGAGCAGCCAAGACUCCUUGCCCAUACUGUCAAGUUCCCAGCUGCCUUGCACUUCCCUCCACUCUCAGGAAACUCAGGAAGGUUGAUUUUGUGUGGGUGAACCGUGAUAUUGGAAGCUUUGAGUGGUUCCUGGAAGUCCUUGCAGCCCUUGAGAGUGAACAACGUGUGAUAGGUGCAGCCAUGGAAACCUUUCUCAAUCUCCACCUUUACAAGACUGGUGCUGCACCUCUAAGUCCCACACUGCCGCUAGCAUCGUCCAUCAGGGCUGGUAGACCAGACUGGGACAAGGUAUUUAGUGGUAUUCGAGAUUCACGAGUGGGAAAAGUGUGUGUGUUCUACUGUGGUCCACCUUCUCUUGUGGGUAUUCUUAGAGAGAAGUGCAUCAAGUACAAGUUUGAAUUUAAGCGUGAGAUGUUUUGAAAAUGUGCCGCAUUAGGCUCAAGUGCGGAAAAUGAGUUGGAGGCUGCAAGACAGCUACCUUCUGUAUGUGAUAACCCACACAGGAAGACAGUGAUGAACAGUUGGAUGGCUCACAAUUACUUACUGUGUGAUACCUUUAGUGGCAAGAUAAUAGUGUAAAGGAAUAAUCUAACAUGCUGUAAAAAGGCUCAACAGACAAGUAAUAUAGUGUCAUUAAAGUACUUGCAAAAAAGUACAAGUUGCAUUGAGCCAAAAAUGACUGGAAUGGGUUCAAAUCCAUGAUUAUGAUAACACUGUGAAGUGCAUCCUCUAUGGUACCUUAGUUUGAUCUCUUUAAAUGUAUGACGAAACUGAAUACCAGUGCUUUCAUAUUAAUGUAUUUAUAAAUCUUAUCGUGUUUGAUAUACCGUGUUUUUAUCCACUGAAGGAUAACCGAGCUGUGAGGCUUGUUGCUGUGUGUAAACCGCAUCAUAUAUUGAUUGUCAACAUUUCUAUAUCCCAAGUGAGACCCAUCAUAGCCUGCAGUAAACUCAGUCGUAUAUAUACUGUAAUAUAUCCUAUUUAUUAUUAUUGUAAUUAUUAUAAUUUGUAAUUAUACUGAUCAUUUGAUAAUUCCUGCACACAUUGCAUAAGUAUUUUUUGUACUGUACUUGUUUGGUCAAGUAAUAUGAUGGCAGUAGUGUUUCCAGAUAUCAUCUAUGGUUGUCCAUUGCUUUUUAUAUCUGCCAAUUUUAUUUAAUGAUGGCAGUGCUAGAGGCUUAAGAAUUUUACAAUUUACAGAUGCACUAAAAUGAACCAAAAUUUGCAUACACACAUUAAUGAGAACAUCCUGGAGAAGCAUUUGUCUUUUAGCUUUUAGGGCAGUUUAUCAUGAUCCUCCUAUCCAAUAUAUAUGACAUAUUAGUCAUACAAUACUGCCUUUUAAAUUCAUAUAAAUGAUUGCCAGAUGUUCUGCACUCAAUAGCUCAUAGAUGAAAACUAGUAUUUAAAAUGAUUCCUUGUAACCAUUCCCUUCGAAUAAUUAAAAUUCUCAGUACGCUAACCACAGAAUCAGUACAUAUAUUUUGAAACUUCCCUUCAUGACUUUCUCUGGGUUGUUACACAUCUGUCCAUGAUAUACAUAGUUCCUAAAAUGCAAAAUAUACAUGACAUGCCAAUUCACUUGACAUAGUAAUUGCAAUACAAUAUUUUAAAUAUUAGGAGGUGCAACUAAUUUGUUUAAAUUCUCUCUAGGGCAAGGGAGAGGCAACUCAGGCCAAACUGCAACCAUUAGUUAAUCAGCAUUUUAGAUUCCUCUAUUUCAGUUUGCUUCAUAGAAAACAGACAAAGAUCUUCAAUCAAUUAAUUCAGAAUGUAUAAUUUUCAUUAAUAUUUAAUAACUUUUUAGGCAUUUGUCAGAUAUUUAUAUACAGUACAUUAAUAUCAGCAUCACCAUGUUCUUUUACAGAACUCUUGAGUACAAAUAGGCCUUUAAAUAAUGGGCAACUUUUAUCCAAAUAUCAAGUACAUAAUGCUGGAAAGUGUUAUCACUCAAUUUCCUUUUGAAAAUACUGUAUUGUAACAAUUACCAGACAUUAAUGAAAUGAUUUUCAUCACAUUUAUCAUGCCCAAGAUUGACUAAACAAACCAAUCAGUAUCAUGCUAAAGUUUUGGCAAGUAGAUUUUCACCUUAGCCCAAGAUAGCUUUUACACAGUCUUGUGUACUUUUAACCAAUGAUUAUGAAUAUGCAAUUUUUGUUGAACAAAAAUCAUGCAAACUAGUAAACCAAAGUGAAAAUGUAACAGACAACUAUAAUUCUGACUGAUGUCAUUAUUAUUAUUAUUAUUAUUGUACCAUUACUGUACAUUUUGAUGAAAUUUAGUCUUCAGUUCAAGUACUGGAAUAGAUUACAAUAUUAGGGUAUCCAAUGACAUGUUUUCCUCAAAACACAAUCCGCCGAUCAUUUUACAUGUACUUACUACUUAUGAGUGAACAGAGUGAAGGAACAUUGUCCAAUUAUCCAACCAUGUCGAGGUUUUUAACACAAGUCCUCUUCACCUGUGAGCUAAGCGUGCUAACAACUAACUUCUAGGCAAGUGUGUUAGUAAAACUUGCAGCCCAUCACUUGCCGAAUAUUUUCUACUUGGCAAGGAACUUUGGAUGAUAUUUAAAACGACACUGUUUGCAAAGCUAAUUUGUUUACAGUUUCAAUUAUACAUGUACAGUAUUUUUGCUGCAUUUAAUGGAAUUUGUUUAAAAGUUUCUUAGUUUAUCUGCAUGUUGACAGUCACAUUCAGUACAGUAUUUAUUUUCUUGUUUUAUAAGAAUGUACAUAAGUCACUUCUAACUUAUUACAAUACAAAUGGUAAGCAAUUAGAACAAUAUACAGUACAGUAUUUAUAUUUUAGUUUUGCCCAAUGCCCUCUCCUCAAACAUAACUAUAGUCUUAAGAAAAUUUUGAUGAACAGUUGUGUAAAUAUUUAUGCUUAUGUACAGAGAAUGAUUGUGUAAUAAGUGUGUGGGUGCUCAGAGUGAGGAUAUGGGGAUUGAAGAGGGAGGGAAGGGCAUCGAAAGAUUGUGUAUGUCUAAUAAUACUUGCAGGCCUCUAGCGUCUGCGCUCUGGCCCCUGCCUCUUGACCUUUGACUGGUAUACAGGUUCCUGAGCUUAUUGAGCUCACAUAUUUACAUUGAAGUCAUACGUGUGUGCAUGUGUGCAUGUGUGUGUGUGCGCACGCGCAAGCAUGCAUACAUGUGUGUCCAACUACUCGGUAAAGGUUAUGGGAUGCUGUGUAUUCCAACACAUUGCCUCUAUUUAUUAUAAACACAUCUUGCCUCUAUUAUAAACACAUCUUGCCUUAUUUAUUAUAAACAUUAUUACAACGGUAAUAUUUUCAUGUAGUCUCUCUUCUUCAGUGUGUUGUUGCAAAUUUCAUGUCUUUUCCCCAGUACGUAUAAUGUACUGUGUAUAAUAAAUGAUAAAUGAUUUAAAUCCUGCCUGUCUCA